AAAUCUCACAAAACACAAACUAUAAAAGUCCAAUGCCCGAACCCAGUCCGCACAAAGUAGCUUUCCGACUUCGAACGUGAAAACACUUUCACCCGCGGGCAGUCGGAUCAAGAUGAAUCGUUUCAUCUUGAUCGUCGCGACGUUGGCGGCGCUCAGCGUCCCAGCCAUUCUCGCUCAGAACUACAACUACUUCCCUUUCAACAGUCAGUACCGUACCACCGGGUCCAUUGCUUCGCAAAUUCGGAACCUCACCAGAUCGUGGGUGGCUGGUAACAACACCCUGCCGCCAGCGGCCUACUACAAGGGUGUCCUGUACGAUCGUCUCGGGGAAACUCGUUUGGCUCCGGCGAUUUUGGUAAACCCGGAAGACAUCGCACUGCCGGAUACCUUCGAUGCCCGUCAGAAGUGGUCCAUGUGUCCCAGUCUGAACGUGAUCCGUAACCAGGGAUGCUGCGGUUCGUGCUGGGCCAUUUCGGCCGCCUCGGCCAUGUCCGAUCGGUGGUGCAUCAAGUCCAAGGGUAAGGAGCAGUUCUCGUUUGGAGCCACCGAUAUGCUGGCUUGCUGUCAUGCUUGCGGAGACGGUUGCAAGGGAGGAUAUCUGGGUCCAGCCUGGCAGUACUGGGUCAACCAGGGUGUGUCCUCGGGAGGUCCGUUCCGGUCUCGCCAGGGAUGCCAUCCUUAUCCGAUCGACGUGUGCGACGCGUCCGGCGAUGAAGCUGACACUCCCAAGUGUUCCAAGAAGUGUCAAUCGGGUUACAAUGUUACGGACGUCUGGCAGGAUCGCCGCUACGGUCGAGUGGCCUAUUCGAUCCCGGCUGACGAGCAGAAGAUCAUGGAGGAGAUCUACCUGAAUGGGCCGGUUCAGGCUGCGUUCAUGACCUACCAGGAUUUCCACGCGUACAAGAGCGGAGUCUAUCGGCACGUUUGGGGUCACAUGGCCGGUGGUCACGCCGUCAAGCUGAUGGGCUGGGGUGUGGAGAACGGCAUGAAGUACUGGCUGGUGGCCAACUCCUGGGGUGAGGACUGGGGAGACAAUGGUUUCUUCAAGAUCGUCCGAGGGGAAAAUCACUGCGGAAUUGAGAAGGACGUCCACGCUGGUCUGCCGAGCUUCAACAAACACUUGGAGUUUGAGGGAAUCCAUUUCUAG